UUGACCUUUCCCCAAAGCGAGUGCACUCGGUUUCUAGGCAGGUCGGCUACCUCUUGGCUCUGGGGAAUGGAAUGCUGGCACUUGAGGGUUUUGGUGGAGAAACUACUGUCUUAAAUGGGAGAAAUUUGAAGUUUCCUAGGUUCCCGGCUGCACAGAAUUUUCCUGCGUCUUUGCUUUUAGGUUACCUCCUUGCCUGCUCCCCCAAACCCUGGUCUUUCUCUCUCCUCCGGCCUAUAGCAGUCCCAUUAGGCUCCCAAAGAUUUAGGACCCACCGGGAUUUCUUUCUUAUGCGGGAGAGAUUCCAAUUGUCUUUUCUUUCUUCUUUUUUUCUUUCUCUUUCACCUUUGAAAAGUUGAGACGAGUUCUGAAAGGUUAAGAAAUGCAGCCCUGUGUAGUUGGGUGGGGGGAGCUCUCAGCUUUCCAGUGUAAGUGGGUUCCUAAAGAAGAAAUAGAGGCACUGUCUCAGGCAGGGAAAAUGUAAGUCUCUCUUAGUCCGGGCGAUUGAGGUCUUCCCCGGUCCCCCUACUUAGAGCCUGCGUCGGCGCCGAGGACAGAGCCCCUCUGCAGCAGGCGUCCUCCGCCCCGCUGUCACCAGGUUUUAAACAAUUGUUUCUGCGGAUGGGGCGCUCUUUGCCCUUGUUCUGUGCAGAUCAGCGGUUCAGUGGAAAUGCGGAGAUGCAGACUUAAUAUUAUUUACUAUAGUACUUCCUGCAUAACAUUGAAUCUUGACCCUUGGCGUUCAGAGAACUCUCCUUCCCCCUCCCCUCCCCUUCCUCUCUCAAGAUUUUAGUUUCAGUAUUGUUCUUCAUGGGUAAAUAGAAUGUCAGAUGCUGAGGCAGGUAGUGGAUUAAAAGAUCAAUAAGUGUGUGGAUUUGCACUUGUCGUUUGCAUGCACCCCUCUCAGGGUGUAUGGACGUGUCUGAGUUAUGGCCGUCUGAAAACUGUGUAUUUCCAGUGCUCUGUGGAGAAGUGAAAUAUAUGCGUCCACAGGAAUUUUGUGUCCAGGGGCGCAGGUGAAAAGUCACCUAUGGCACUGCUGCAAUCCCAACUUUGAGGGCACAUAUGGGGUUUCCUUUAUUUUCCUUCUGUAGGAUUUGGGACGGUGAGAAAGGCAGGGUCCAGCCUUGGAAACUUCCUCCAACAGUCUGGGAAAUUAAAAUGUCCUUGCAAAUCCCAUUUCAGGCCUUGCCAGUUAUGAGAAAGCACUAAAGCAGGGUUACUGGAAAGUAACCCCCAAACGCUCCCUCUCUUCCCUUCCGAGCACAAGCACCCUCCUUCCUGCACUGGGCCUCGGGAGCGGGGCCUCUCUCUGGGGUCCGGGUCUUCUGGUGGGGAGCCCUUGUGUGCCCAGGCUCGCAGCAUCGGGCCUCAUUAUUCCCAGCCGACUCUUAUCGGGCUGGCUGGGAUUAGGUCUGGGAUGGGGGACGCUGGGCCAUUGAAGGAAACCAAUAAAUCAAGUCAGGUUCUAGAGAGAGACCUCAGGGGAUGCCAUUUAGAAAGUGUAUCUGGAGAGACCAAAUAUGCCCAGGGGCUCUCUCCACUCCCUCCAAGCACCUCUUGGGUGUCAGACACAGGCCCCUAAUUCUGCUGGAUUUGAUGGGACCUUCGUGUGGGAGACAUGGGUCUAAGUAUGUGCUGGCCAAGGUACUCUGGGGGAGCCUGGGUGAAGGAGUGGGCCGGCGCCCAGGUCCAAGGGAGUCAGGUGUGCCGCCCGCCUCUGCUCCACGGAUCCCUGCCCUGGCUGGACGGCAGCAAAGCUCUGGGCAGCCACCACACCGCUUCGCCCUGGAACCUCAGCCCCUUCUCCAAGACGUCCAUCCACCACGGCUCCCCGGGGCCGCUCUCCGUCUACCCCCCGGCCUCGUCCUCCUCGCUGUCGGCCGGCCACUCGAGCCCUCACCUCUUCACCUUCCCGCCCACCCCGCCGAAGGACGUCUCCCCGGACCCGUCGCUGUCCACCCCGGGCUCGGCCGGCUCGGGCCGGCAGGACGAGAAAGAGUGCAUCAAGUACCAGGUGCCGCUGCCCGACAGCAUGAAGCUCGAGUCCACGCACUCGCGGGGCAGCAUGACCACCCUGGGAGGGGCCGCCUCGUCGGCGCACCACCCCAUCACCACGUACCCGCCCUACGUCCCCGAAUACAGCUCCGGACUCUUCCCGCCCAGCAGCCUGCUGGGGGGCUCCCCCACCGGCUUCGGAUGUAAGUCGAGGCCCAAGGCGAGAUCCAGCACAGAAGGCAGGGAGUGUGUGAACUGCGGGGCCACCUCAACCCCGCUGUGGCGGCGGGAUGGCACUGGGCAUUACCUCUGCAACGCCUGUGGGCUCUACCACAAAAUGAACGGACAGAACCGACCCCUCAUCAAGCCCAAGCGAAGGCUGUCGGCAGCAAGAAGGGCAGGUACGUCCUGUGCGAACUGUCAAACCACCACCACGACGCUCUGGAGAAGAAAUGCCAAUGGAGACCCCGUCUGUAAUGCCUGUGGGCUGUACUACAAGCUUCACAAUAUUAACAGACCCCUGACCAUGAAGAAGGAAGGCAUCCAGACCAGAAACCGAAAAAUGUCUAGCAAAUCCAAAAAGUGCAAAAAGGUGCACGACACGCUGGAGGACUUCCCCAAGAGCAGCUCGUUCAACCCGGCCGCCCUGUCCAGACACAUGUCCUCUCUCAGCCACAUCUCCCCUUUCAGCCACUCCAGCCACAUGCUGACCACUCCAACGCCGAUGCACCCCCCGUCCAGCCUCUCCUUCGGACCUCACCACCCUUCCAGUAUGGUCACCGCCAUGGGUUAGAGCCCCUGCUCGAUGCUUCUAGGCCUCCCGGCGAGAGUCCCUCCAGCCCCUCCUACGUGCAUUUUUGCAGGAGCAGUAUCAUGAAGCCGCAAACCGAUGGAUCUAUGUUUUUGAAGGCAGAAAGCAACAUGGCGUUUGCCACUUUUGCAGACGAGCUCACUGUGCUGUGUUCUCGAUCACUGAAUCUGGAUCCCAUUUGUGAAUAAGCCAUUCAGACUCCUAUUCCCUAUUUAUCAGGGUCUCUCUAGUGCUGUGAAAAAAAAAAAAAAGAAAGAAAAGAAACCAUGCUGAACAUUGCAUAUAACUUAUACUGUAAGAAAAUACUGUACAUUUGAAGAAGACGUUAUCAUAUUGCGUAGCUGUAAGAAAGGCAUGAAGGACGCCAAGAGUUUUAAGGAAUACGGGGGAAAUCAAGUGUGGAAAUUAAGAAGAAACUAGGUCUGCUAUUCACACGGACAAACGGCCAGUGUUGAGUCCUUGCACUGGUUACAGUGGUUGGACAUUAACAGGAAAAAAAAAAAAAGCAAAAAAAAAAAAAAAGAAAAAAGUCGUAGGCAAAUCAUUUGUUCAAAGCGGUGGGCGUCCGGUGGGCGUCCGUCUAGGAAAUUCUGUCAGUUCUGGGCGGUGAUUGUGGCCACUCACACACAUUGCCAUCGAGGGGGUCCGAGAGCCUCGCUCAGGCCUACUGGCUUUGUGAGCAAGUCCCUGUAAUUGUUGUUUGUAUGUAUAAUUCAAAGCACCACAAUAAGAAAAGAUGUAGAUUUAUUUCAUCAUAUUAUACAGACUGAAUUGUUGUACAAAUUUAUUUACUGCUAGUGUUAAGAGCUACUUUUUGUUUUCAUAUUUUCCUUCUUUCUCAAUUUUUUGGUUGAAUAAACUAGAUGACAUUCAGUUGACCUAAGGUGGCUUGUGCUCUGGAGGGCUUCUUUCCCAUUUUGGGUGAUAUUUAUUAACUAGCUUCUAAGGGUACAGCGGCCUCUGUCUCUUCCCUCAUGCCUCCCGCAGCCUGGGCUGUCAGGGUAGCAACGUAUGAGCUCCCGACGUGCAUGCCAGCGACCUCGGCCGGACAGACGGGGUCCUGAGAGCAGCCUGGCUGAUGUUAGCUUCCGUUGUGUUCUGUGUUAGUGAUCAUUGCCUUUCAUGCAGUCUGUUGGAAUACUAAUAUAAAAAUAAAGUGAAAAUAUUUUAAAACAACCAAA